UGCAGGAGCAGGGGGCGGGGGCGACCCGGGCCAGGGUGGCACCAACGAGUGGGACGAGUGAUAGCAGCAGCAGCUCACCGGUGGCGGUCUCCGUCCCGUCCCUUCACUCGUUCGUCGUUCUCGUCGCCGGCAAGCAGACAGGCUCUUGCUGAGCCUGAGCGGAGCAGAGCGAAGCGGACGGCAAGACGACACGGGACACCUCGGCGGGCAGCUGAUCGUCGACUAGUGGAGAAAAGGUCAGGAGGUGCCACCGUUGGCAGGCUCCCCAGUGGGGUUUAGCGAACUACACCGAGUGGAGGUCGGCGUCCGAGCUCCUCUGUCGGUCAGUUGACGAACAGCAUCGCACGAGAUCAGCGCGAGGAUCCCCCCUGCCAUCUGCCUCGAGGACCGACCAGACACCUCUCUCCGACGACAUGUCGGCCGCCGAGAAGGAGAAGGCAGAAGCGAUAGUAUCUCAAUAUGCUGCUGGUGUGGGCGGCACGACCGACCCAAACGCUCGUGGCCAGGUGGUCAUCAUAUAUGAGGACCAGCAAACCUCAAAAGACCUGCCCUAUGGGUGGGGAUGGCGCCAGCUGCAAGUGGUGCUUCUGUUCCUCGCCCUCUCCAUGGCCUACUGUUUCCGGAUCAACAUGUCAGUCUGCAUCGUGGAGAUGACCGACAGCAAGUCCUCUUCCGGUUACAAGACGUACGACUGGGCGUCAUCGGAAAAGCAGCUCAUCCUGUCAUCCUUCUUCUGGGGCUACAUCUGCACCCAGAUCCCGGCCGGCAUCCUCGCCGUCAAGUACGGCCCCAAGUGGUUCCUGUUCUUCGGCAUCGUGGCGUGCUCGGUGCUAUCGGCCACCACGUCGCUGGCGGCCGAGUGGGGCGGCUGGAAGCUGGUGGUGGCUUGGCGGGUGGCGCAGGGCGUGGUGCAGGGCUUCAUCUACCCCUCGUCGCACGCCAUGCUGAGCCGCUGGUCGCCGCCGGUCGAGCGCGGUCGACACACGGCCAUCGUAUAUAACGGCAUCUCGGUGGGCACGGUAGUGAGCAUGGCGGGGUCCGGCGCGCUGGCGGCCUCCUCGCUCGGCUGGCCGUCCGCCUUCUGGGUGCCGGGGGUGAUCGGGCUGGUCUGGGGCGUCGCCUGGGCGCUGCUGGCCGCCGACUCCCCCGCCACCUGCAGCCGCAUGCACCCCGACGAGCGCCGCUACAUCGAGGGGGCCCUCGGCGACACCUCCAGCAAGGAGGAGCGGCUACCAGUGCCGUGGAAGUCCAUCUUCACGUCGCUGCCCAUGUGGGCCCUCAUCAUCGUGCACAUGGGCCAGAACUUCGGCCACUGGGUCUUGCUCACGGAGAUGCCCACGUACAUGAAGGAGGUGCUCGGCAAGAACAUCGAGGACAACGGACUCUUGUCCUCGCUUCCCUACAUCACCCUCACCUUCACCUCCAUCUUUGUCGGGUGGUUCGGCCAGGUCGUCAACACGCAGGGGUGGCUGUCGCACAACGUGUCCAGGAAGAGCUUCCAGUCGCUGGCUCACUGGGGCUCGGGCACGACCAUGCUGCUGCUCGGCCUGUUCGACGUUUCCCAAACCAUGGCGGUCGUGCUGCUGUGCGUGGCCGUGGGCUUCGAGGCCGGCACCCUGGUGGGCUACCUCUGCAACCACAUGGACAUGUCCCCCAACUUCGGCGGCGCCAUGAUGGGCGUCACCAACUGCCUCGCCGCCAUCGUCGCCAUCAUCGCCCCCAUCCUGGUGGGACUCAUCACGGGCAACGACGACGGCAAGCUGACGCAGGAGGAGGUCACGUCGCGGUGGAGCAUGGUCUUCCUCCUGGCGGCCGCCGUGUACUACCUGGGCAACCUGUUCUGGGUCAUCUUCGGCUCCACGCAAGUGCAGCCCUGGAACUACCCGAAGACGCACGCGUCCACGGAGGAGCCAAGCGCGCCCAGCGCCGUCGUCGAUGGAGAGGACCCGGUCGAGAAGCCCGACAAGUGACGUGCGAGUGAAGUGUAAAAGAUACGAGCAAAGACAUAAUGCAGCCCACAUCGGGGCGGAGUCUGGUCUAGUCAAUUACAAAUGCUGUGAUUUUGUUAGGUAGCUUGUUGUUACUGGGCGCGCGGGCGUCGUUGUGGACCUUGUUUAAGUUAAAGUUGAGGACCCGGGCGCGGGCGCCUGGGUGGUAGGCAACCCAUUGGGCGCCGUUCACAGACCCCUCUGAAGGCCGAUGUUCGGACUCCCUAGUGAAUGAGGCAUACGGAUCCUCUCCGCCAUGAAGUCGCGAAUUUUAUAUCGUUUAGAGACCUUAACGAGAGUCACCUCUAUCAUCAUUUUUGUUUCAUUUCUGUUUGGGACUUAGCACCCAACGCAUCAUUUUCUGAAUGAGCCAUUCUUCGGCGGUGGCUCGGAGGAAAGACCCAUACCACUUCGCCGAAUGUAACAUAAAGACGCCGGACCACUGGCGAUGGGCCUUGUUCUUGCGUCGAGUCCCUUCCGCGCCAUACCACCGAAAUAGUCCUUUAUAGCUAGAGUGCACUGGGAAAAUACACCACCAUCGAUUUUCUAAAAAGUGCAUUGAAAUCAAAACACGCCACAUACUACUGGACAAACUGAAAACCAUGUGUAAUUACCAAAUUGAUUUGUAACUUUUUAUAUUAAAUUUGUGACACUUUUUAA